AUGAGUAACGCUCAAUAUCAAGAACCCAGCAUCCAGGGCCUGGAACUCCCUUCGUACAUCCUCGCGGCGCUGACAGCUGCCGGCGGUGCCGUCGGAUACGCGCGGACCAAGAGCAGGCCCAGUCUGAUUGCGGGCACUGCAGUCGGUCUCCUGUAUGGCCUCGGCGGCUACCGCAUCGCCAACAACGAGCCCUACGGCGUCGAGCUGAGUCUUCUCGCCUCCAUUGUCCUGGGCGGGUCUGCGUUCCCCCGCGCCAUCCGACUUCGCAAGCCGGUACCCAUAAUGCUGUCCUUGUUUGCCGCGUACGGGCUGGUUACCUUUGGCGACGCAUUCCGCCGUACCUUGUAACGAACGAAAAUAGCCGGGUAUUGGCGGGGGUGAGGGUGCGUCAGGAGGAAAAAGAGAUAUCAUAAUGUACAGCGCCGAGUGUUUUAGGGCUUCCUGUAGCCCAUGUUAUACACAGCUGCCGCUUCUGGACGUCGCAUCUCGUCCACAGUACAACUGCCCGCGUCUCCUGGUUCAUGUUGUGUAAUGCGAUAUGCUCUCGCCUCUUCCCAUAACUACCAUCAAAUCGCCGACACGGAAAUGAGGAGAUAUCGAGAGAGUUCGGCGGUGAUCAGCAUGGACCGAUGGUUUAGGAGUUUUCUUCGAUUUCCUUCCACUUCUGCCGUAUCCUGGAUCGCUUGUCCUGAACCCCGUUCC